AUGAGUACGGAAGAGACUCUGUUGAAUCUCGAUUUCGACAAGCCCAACACAGGCAUUACGCCUCCCGAUGACGGCGUGGUGUCUCUGUCCAGUAGUGCCGAGGACAUUUGUUUAGUGCCAGAGGUCGGAUUCGAAGGAAACGUGGAUUCUCCAGGUGUAAAUCGUGAGUCGCAGCCGCUCCUUGGCGGCCGCGGCGACUUGGAAGUCUCUUUCAACCAUUUUCCAGAUGACCCGCAGUUCAGCGAGCUGUUGUGGCAGGCGGAGGUGGCCAUCGACAAUGGGAUAUUCCCCGAACGGAUAUAUCAGGGCUCGAGUGGCUCCUACUUCGUUAAGAAUCCUGGUGGGAAAAUAAUAGGCGUUUUCAAACCCAAAGAUGAGGAGCCAUAUGGAAGAUUAAACCCAAAAUGGACGAAAUGGAUGCACAAACUGUGCUGUCCGUGCUGCUUCGGCAGGUCCUGCCUCAUCCCCAACCAGGGGUACCUGUCGGAGGCGGGGGCUAGUUUAGUAGAUUCAAAAAUCGGCUUAAGAAUAGUACCUAAAACUAGG